AUGCCCGUUCACAUUCAAAGUGAACCUCGGCUGGCCACUUGUUUCUCACACAGUUUAGACGAACCGUCGAGAAAUGUUAGCGACCUGAUUUCUGUAGUUCGGGUAGCUGCUGAUGCAGUGGACGAGGCUACAAACAUUUUUCAACGUAUGCGUGAUCUGGCGCUGCAAGCAUCUAACAUGAACAACGCUCAUUCUGUUCGAACUGCAAUUCAAGAAGAGUUUACUGCUCUUUGUAGUGAGCUUAACCGUAUCGCGGAAACCACGUCUUUCGGUGGUAAGACGCUCCUGAACGGUUCCUUCGGAAGCCAGUUAUUCCAAAUCGGCGAGAGUUCCGAUGAGACAGUGGUGAUAACUCUAGGAAACAUACGCGCUAACGCUCAUUCUGUUCGAACUGCAAUUCAAGAAGAGUUUACUGCUCUUUGUAGUGAGCUUAACCGUAUCGCGGAAACCACGUCUUUAGGUGGUAAGACGCUCAUGAACGGUUCCUUCGGAAGCCAGUUAUUCCAAAUCGGCGAGAGUUCCGAUGAGACAGUGGUGAUAACUCUAGGAAACAUACGCGCUGAUUCGGUGGAAAUGGGUGGAAAGAAGUACGUUGCGGAGAACGCUGUGUCGCCGGAUUGGGUUGUGACAACUAGUACCAACUUAUCGCUCCAUUACUCCAACAAGCAUGGUGAAGCGACAUCGAUUACCCUCCAAACUAAACAAGGUGAUCACCUUGAAAACGUCGCAACAUACAUCACUGCUCAAACUGAUGAUAAUACGCAAGCAUUUGUUGGCGAAGACGGAAAGCUGCAGAUAUUCGCCUCUACGCAUAAAGUAAAAGGCGAAAUCACUAUUGGCGGUAAUCUGGGAACUGAAAUCGGCUUUGGGGCAGCGAGGGACGUCACCAUUGAAGACUCUGAUUUGACUUCUACAGGUGGCGCUCAACAAGCGAUGGCCGUUAUUGAUGACGGCGCACUUGAAGCCGUAGAUUGCCAACGUACUGCUUUAGGUGUACUGAGACAGCCUUUGGUCCAUGUGAUUAACAGUCUAGGGAGCAUAGACAAGCAGGUAGCUACGGCUAAAGAUCGAAUCGUGGACAGCGCUGUGGCGAGAGAAUCGACUGAUUUGACGAAGUCGCAGAUGUUGGCGCGAGCGGCAGCUAUGGUUCUGGCGCAAGCGAGACAGUCCCCGUCUUCAGUUCUUAGCUUAGUACACUGA